UGGUAAGUAGACUAUUGCAGUCAGGACGGUCGUUUGGGGGAGUUGGGGGUGAACGCAGCCGAAGAGAGCAAAGCAGGGAAUAUAAACUCGAGCUCGCGCUCCUCACUGUAAACCGAACGCUCACACCUUCUGCCCGGCUAAUAGCGACAGCGCUCUCUCAUUGGCUGUGGUCCCAGGCACGUAACAGACGCUACGGAGGCGUGUUCGAACUGCAGGCUCGCAAUGAAAUGAGGAGCAUCGUGCGGGAGAAGCGAAGUGAACUAGUUUAUAGAAAUGUACGUCACUUAGAUACAAUGUUUUUCUGACCCCAGCGCGGAAAUAUUUCCGAACAAAUCCGAUGUGAGUAACCAACCACAGACGAAUUGCGCUUCAUGGACAUCAAUCCUACGUUGCGGGUCUGACAUUCACACUUUAUGUUUUUGUGUCAGGCUAUCUUCCUCCAGGAAAGCUUCAGCGCAUGAAAAAAGCCCAACUUCUGCAAUAACUGAAAAAUAAAUACCAGUGACCCCCGAAGAAGCGCGCGUCAAAUCGGUCUCUUGUCGGACACUCCGCAUUCUAAGGAAUAUGUGCUACGUGUGAAUGAACUCCCUUCCGAGGUGUCAUUUAGGAACGUCAUUUCGCCAUUGCGACGGUGUGAUGAUGUCAGUAGAGCAGUGGCAGUAAUCCCUGCACACUCUACCCACCUCUGCCUGUCUACACGGAGCAGCACUGAGCAGCACUGAGCAGCACUGAGCAGCACGGAGCAGCACGGAGCAGCACGGAGCAGCACUGAGCAGCACUGAGCAGCACUGAGCAGCACUGAGCAGCACUGAGGACUCAGCAUGGCCUCUACAGCAGUGCUCAUCAGCACCCUACUGCUGCUGCCUCUGAUCUCGACUCAGCCGUCAGAAAAUUCCUACUGCGUGAUCCAGCGGGAGCAGGAGAGAUGCAUGGAGAAGAUGGCUGAGCACGACCCCGCCAACGACCCCGAGUUCGGCUGCCCCUGGAUGUGGGACAACCUGACCUGCUGGCAGCCGGCUGCCGUGGGCGACGUGGUGGAGGUAGACUGCCCCGAGCUCUUCAGGAUCAUGAGCCAGACGCUGGAGGAUCUGGGCAGGAUCAGCCGUAACUGCACGGAGGACGGCUGGUCCGAGACCUUCCCUCACUACGUGGACGCCUGCCUCGACGACGGCAACGGCACCAAGCCGGACAUGUACUAUGUCUCGGUCAAGGCCUUAUACACCGUAGGGUACAGCACCUCCCUGGUCUCCUUGACAACCGCCAUGGUCAUCCUGUGCAGGUUCAGGAAGCUCCACUGCACCAGGAACUUCAUCCACAUGAACCUGUUUGUGUCCUUCAUCCUGAGGGCCAUCUCAGUCUUCAUCAAAGACGGGGUGCUCUUCGCCGAGGAAGACAGCAAUCACUGCUUCCUGCACACUGUGGAGUGCAGGUCGGUGAUGGUGUUCUUCCACUACUGCGUCAUGUCCAACUACUUCUGGCUGUUCAUUGAGGGGCUGUACCUCUUCACCCUGCUGGUGGAGACCUUCUUCCCGGAGAGGAGAUACUUCUACUGGUACACCAUCAUCGGAUGGGGGACUCCUACUGUGUGUGUGACUAUCUGGGCGGUCCUUAGACUGCACUUUGAUGAUAUUGGCUGCUGGGACAUAAACGACAGCGCCCCCAUCUGGUGGGUGAUCAAGGGCCCCGUGGUGGCAUCGAUCAUGGUAAACUUUGUGCUCUUCAUCGGCAUCAUCAUCAUCCUGGUUCAGAAGCUGCAGUCACCUGAUAUUGGAGGCAAUGAAUCCAGCAUUUACCUGAGGCUGGCUCGCUCCACCCUCCUCCUCAUCCCGCUGUUUGGAAUCCACUACACCGUGUUCGCCUUCUCCCCCGAGGACGUCAGGAAGAGGGAGAGGCUGGUGUUCGAGCUGGGCCUGGGCUCCUUCCAGGGAUUCGUGGUGGCUGUCCUGUACUGCUUCCUGAAUGGAGAGUUUCUCCCUGAAGGUGCAGUCGGAGAUAAAGAGGAAAUGGCGGAGCUGGACCGUGAACCGGUACUUUGCUGUGGACCUGAAGCACCGGCACCCUUCGCUGGCCAGCAGUGGGGUGAACGGGGGGACGCAGCUGUCCAUACUGAGCAAGAGCAGCUCGCAGAUCCGCAUGUCCAGCCUGCAGGCCGAGAGCCCGGCCACCUGAGCUAACCAGCCACGCCCGGACACGCCCCUCCCCACUGACCGGUCCCCACUAACCACCCUAUCCCACACACACACACACACACACACACACACACAUAUCCUGCACCACUGACCGGUCCCCACUAACCACCCUAUCCAACACACUUACAGUAUAUACAAAAACAUACACACACACAACCUGCGCUGAUAACUGGUCCCCAUUAACCACCCUAUCCAACACACAGUAUAUACACACACACACACACACACACACAACCUGCACUGAUAACUGGUCCCCAUUAACCACCCUAUCCAACACACAGUAUAUACACACACACACACAUAUCCUCCCCUGCCUACCAAUCUGCCCUAACCACACUGUCAGACUCACUUGCAGUACAUAUAAAAACACACACACACACACACACACACACACACACACCCUUGACUGACUGGUCUCCUGUAACCACACUAUCCAACACACUUACAGUAUAUACAAAAACAUACACACACACUCUCAUACGCUGACCUGUUCACACAUACACACACCCACAUGCGCCCCUCUAUGUACACACACAAAUACAUACAUACACCCUCUACAGAUACACACACACACCUUGUGUGCUGAAACAGACAUGUGGACACACAUAUUGUACAAACACACACAUACAUACAUGCACAUACAAA